CCUUCGGAACCUACCACGGUGUAAUCUCGAUUGCGUGUUACGCUCGAAUAAUUUUUACGCGGCAACAUACGUUCUCUCUUGCACCUCUUUCGCGGUGCGUGCUGCAAUGGAGGAUCAACAACAGCGGUUGAGACAGUACUGGUCGUGUUGGUUGCUGAUACUGCUACACUCCUGUUACUUCGCUUCCUGUGGUAGUGCGGAUCGUGUGGUGGAUGCAAAAAACAGCCGCGUUUGGGGACCGGGUGUAGAGAUUCCGGACCGGGUCACCCUUCCGGCGCGCUACUUUUUCAUCGAACCAAGAGACACCGACAAUCAAAAAAUCAAUGAAUCUCAAAAGUACGACGUGCACAUCAUUGGACAGUCACGUUUCGGGACCUGCCGGUAUCGGUUGAAUCAGGUUGACCGUCAUGAUGGAUCGAGCAUCAUUCGCUACAGGCUGGCGGAAUCGUGCAGUGACGUCACGAUACACGUGCGACACAACGAAGUUCAUCUGAAUGGAUCUCCGUUCUCCAUACCCGGAACACUUUACUCCGAACAGUGCUACUGUCCGCAAGGGUCCGUCGAUGAAUGGCUCGAUACGGUCGGAUGUCCAUCGGGUGAUCCACAGAUCGAUAUGGAUCUUAUCCCAUUUCGAGCGAUCAAUUUCUCCAGCUUACGCACACGCAUGAUCCAACAGUACGAUAAGCCGGGCAGCAUUUCACACUGCAAUUAUGUCAUUCUACGAAAUCAAGUGCAUCGGCGCUGCUACGGACAACACACCGGGUUUAGUAAAUUCAUGGACACGAUCUUGCUUUCGUUGGCUCGCAAGUUUACGUUGCCCGAUAUGGAAAUGUUUGUAAAUCUUGGUGAUUGGCCGCUGGUGAAAAAGGGUGGCCCAAGUCGUACUACCGGCCCGUAUCCAAUCUUUUCCUGGUGUGGAAGCGACGAUACCUUUGACAUCGUUAUGCCAACGUACGAUAUUACCGAAUCGACGCUGGAGAAUAUGGGCCGGGUAAUGCUGGAUAUGCUUUCGAUUCAACGACGCGGUCUGCCGUGGGCAGAAAAGCACGCGAAAGCUUUCUGGCGCGGACGCGAUGCACGACGCGAACGUCUGGAGCUAGUGGCAUUGGCCCGACGGCAUCCGGAGCUGUUGAACGCAUCGCUUACAAACUUUUUUUUCUUCCGCGACGAGGAAAGUGAAUUUGGACCGCGCGUUGCUCACAUUUCUAUGCACGAUUUCUUCGACUACCGUUAUCAGGUGAAUGUGGACGGUACGGUAGCGGCGUACCGGUUGCCCUAUCUCUUGGCCGGCAGUUCGGUCGUGUUGAAGCAGAACUCGUUCUACUACGAACAUUUUUACCGCAAGCUGGUACCGAUGCGACACUACAUACCGUUCGAGGCGGAUCUGUCCGAUUUGGUGCAGCAGAUCGAAUGGGCUCGGGAAAACGAUGAAAAGGCACGUGAAAUUCGUGAUAAUGCAAACGCGUUCGUCAACGCUAAUUUGUUACCGUUGGACAUUUACUGCUAUCACGCAUUGCUGUUUAAGGAGUAUGCUAAAUAUAUCGUUAGUCCGAUACAGGUACAGCCGGGCAUGGAGAAGAUUGAGCAACCCGAAGAAGCGUACCAUUGUCCGUGCGAGCGGACGACGCUUCCAAGGGACGAGCUUUAAAAAGCGAUCGACAACCACAGUUACCGCACGUGACGCACGAGUUGAAUUAAUUCCUGUCCUACCGAGAACAAUCUGAAGGAAAACCGCAAACCGUGUUACAAAUCGAAUCUAUUCUAUGACGCAACCAGCGAGCUGUGAUCGUUACGUUAUCAUUUCCAGUAGGGCAUUUUCUUUUCCUUCUCUUCUUUCUCUUUGGUUGACGGAGCGAAGAAUAGUCUCGGCUCUCUCGGCAACAGCAUAGAUCUCUAGAGAAACUGUAAACUACUGCUAGUGCGAGACAGUAUGAUAUAAGAGAUAUAUACGUAGAUACGCGAGUUACUUGAAUUCAGUAUGGUUCCAAUACAGUAUUGCUAGUCUGGAUGGGUAGAGAUAGAUUUUCCUAAAAUCAUGCAGCGGGGAAAUGUAGAUCGUGUUUUACGCCGCAUGUUAAUCAACACUCUCCUGUUCUUCAAUAAACUUAAAUCUUUCUAGAUUAAAAUUUAAAA